AUGCUUGCCCCCGCUGCACGGACGGGACAGCGCCCGGCGCGCGUGCUUUCAGCCGCGCCGACCCCUGCUCUCGCAGCGCGGAUUGAGCCGCGGGACCGUGACUUCAGCCUCGCCCUGCCGGCGAUCGCAGUGGCGGUGAACUGCCGGCGAGGUGGUCAUCUUCGCCGAAUCGUGCGUCGGGCAACGGUGGUGUCGCCCUUCAACGAAGCCGAGGCAAAGGAGAAGGAGGCCGAGAAGCCGAGGGAAUCGGAGAAGAAGGAGAAGCCGAAGCUGUCGCUGACGUGGGACAAUGUCCAAGAGGUGUUGGACGAGCUUCGCCCUUACCUCAAGAGCGAUGGCGGAGAUUGCAAGAUCUCCGACAUCCAGGACUCGGUGGUGAAGCUGGAGCUGAUUGGGGCAUGCAGCAGCUGUUCGGCGUCUUCCGUGACAAUGAAGAUGGGAAUAGAGAAGACGCUUAAGGAGCGCAUCCCUGAGAUUUCAGAGGUUGUCGCCAUAGACCAAGAGCAGGAGCCCCUCACCGAGUCUGGGAUUGAGGAGGUCUUGAACGGCAUCCGGCCUUUCCUGAGCGUCAGUGGUGGAUCCAUCGAAAUUUUCGAGCUCGUGGACGGCGAGGAUGCCAAGGUUGUCUUGAAGAUGGUCGGCCCGCCCUUGAAGAGCAUGGCAGUCCGAGUCGAAGUCCAGAACAGAAUCAAGCGCAAGUACCCCGCUGUCCAAAAUGUUGGCAUCGUGGGGGAGGAUGGUCAGCCGCCGCAGUCCGCGUGA